UUGGACUUGACAAGUGGGUAGUGGUCUUGAAAUGUCUUGAAGCGUUGGCUCAAGCUGCUUCUUAGUUGCUUUGCGGAAAUGGCCACCACAGUGCGAAGAGAGCGUGUUCAUGAGUGGGUCCAUGCAACGAGCCCUCAGAACUUCAGAACAAUCCGAUCUGAUGGCCACUUGAAGGGCAACCACUGCCAGGAUGAAUACUUUGAUGGUGACCUUUGUCUUCCUGGUGCGCCGAUGGGAACCUGGUUCAAUGCCAACAACUACCGUGGCAGGACCAUUACCAAGACACCUUAUCCGGAACCCUUCGAUGGUGCGAUGGUGACGGCUUUGGCCAUCUCGGUUCCGCAGCUGUUGAAUCUAGAAGAGGUAUACCACUUAUUCAAGGUUACCGAAAGACCUCGAGAGUACUUGCAGGUGAAGUAUGCCAUUGUGAAGGAGAGUGAUGCAUGCUUCGAUUGGUUUGCGAACCACUUGGAUCCUGUCUACGACAACACGGACGAGUUUGUGCGCCUCUACUUGGAAGACGGGAACUACCAAUGGUGUGCCAGAGAUGCAGUCCACAAGGUGAUGGUGAGCGUUUUUGUUGUGAACAAUGACGACCGCCACCCCAGCAUUUCUGUUGGAAACUGCAGAGACUACCCGAUCGAAAAACUUCCAGCCAGGCAGAUUCAGAGUCCUGGAAAACUUGUCCGCCAGUGAUGUCAGGAGAGACCUGAUGCCCUUCUCAGGCAGCUUUUGGAGACAUAUGAUUCAUGGGUUUCUAUGUCACGUCACGUUCUGGUUUCG